AGGUGUCCAUCGAGAACGCGCUGAUCCUGCAGUGGUCCAGGCGCUGGCCGCUGAUGAUCGACCCGCAGCUGCAGGCCAACAACUGGGUCCGCAAAAUGAACGCCGAGCAGCUGAAGGUCGUACGCCUCUCGCAGCCCAACUACGCCCGGGAGCUCGAGAUCUCGAUCUCUCUCGGCAAGCCGGUGCUGCUGGAGAACGUGGGCGAGGCCUUGGACCCGCUGCUGGAGCCGCUGCUGCAGAAGGCGGUCUUCAAGGCGGGCAACGUCAACAUGAUCCGCCUCGGCGAGACCACCAUCGAGUACAGCGAGGAUUUCCGCUUCUUCCUCACGACGAAGCUCCCGAACCCGCACUACUCGCCCGAGGUAUGCGUGCAGGUGACCCUGCUGAACUUCAUGGCCACCCCCGACGGCCUCGAGGACCAGAUGCUGGGGAUCCUCGUGGCAGCGGAGGAGCCCGAGACGGAAAAGCGGAGGAUCCAGCUGGUGGUGGACAGCGCGGAGAGCAAGGCGCAGCUGAAGGUCAUCGAGGACCGCAUCUUGGAGCAACUCUCGAGCGCAAAAGGCAACAUCCUGGAUGACGAGGAGCUGAUCAACACCCUGUCCUCCUCGAAGGCGACGUCGCAGCGUAUCGAGGAAAAAGUGAUCGAGCAGGAGAAGAUGCAGGCCCAGGUGCAGGAGACCCGUGCAAACUACGUGCCCGUCGCGGUCCGAGCCAGCGCGCUCUUCUUCGUUGUGGCGGACCUGUGUCACGCCCAAGCGUGCCAGGCGCUCCAGGACGCGUGCGGGGACUCGAUAGUUGCAGUGCGCAGAAUAUUGGGCAUCGCUUUCUGCCAGGGAUAG